GUUGCAUUGUUGUUUUUAACGCAUUUUUCCAUAUUUUCGGAGUAAUUUUAUCAUCGAAAUGACGAAAGUAGCGGACAACGUCAACCCUCACAUAUACGAGAAGGGUUCCGAACGUGAAAUAACAUCUACCGAUUUGGAUGAGGAUGUUGUUGACGAAAUAGAUGAACGCGAGGUUUUUGAUCUGAUCAGGAACAUCAACGACCCUGAGCACCCUCUCUCUUUGGAAGAGCUCCGUGUGAUAGAAGAGAGCAACAUAAGAGUUGACAAUAAGGAGAACACCGUUUAUGUUAAUUUUACGCCGACCAUACCACAUUGCAGCAUGGCGACUUUGAUUGGUCUCUCCAUACGCGUUCAACUGCUCAGAGCUCUGCCCAGUCGAUUCAAAGUGACAGUACGAGUUACAGAAGGUACCCAUGCUUCAGAACACGCGGUGAAUAAGCAAUUAGCCGAUAAGGAGAGGGUGGCCGCAGCUCUAGAGAACAAUAACCUAGUACAGAUCAUUAACCAAUGCGUAGCUACACAAUAGCGGAGUUAAGAAUUUACUUUUAAGAGUACUGUUAAGUUUUAUAACUGCAUACUUAUUUCUAUCCCAUAUUUUACCCCUUCGUACUUUUAUUUUUACUGUGAAAAAUAGUGGUCAAAGAUCCGAACCUACAUCGACCUUCACCGGGCUGAUAAUAGAAUGAAACAUAUUUUAUCAUGAAUUUAGUAUAUUAGAUAU